GUCGGCGCGGGGCUUGGGCUCGGGGCCAGCCGCGUCGCGGGGCGGGAGGGGAUCGAGCGCACGGAGGGCUUCGGAGGAUGCCCGGUUGGCGCGGGAUCCGGCGGUGUCGGCGGCCCUGCUCAGUGGCGCGGCUUUCUGAGCGAGGUGGCGGCCGUGGGAAGUUCUGCGCUCCGGGAUGGUCCUGAGCGCCGCGGCUCCGCUGGGGAAGGCAGACGUUGUUGCCAUCGCGAUGUUCUUUGUUGGUGCUGGUCGGUAGAUGUGCAGGAUUCCUUCUAGAAGAAUUGGUGUUCUUUCCAGAUUGUUUUUACUAGCUGUGUUUUCAUGCGUUUUCACUGCUGUUUUCUAGUCCCGGAGGUGAAAGGUGCACGUGAGGUAGUGGAGAUGUGAUCCCUACCUGUCGGUGUGGCAGAGCUGAUGCGGACCUCCCACAGGACCUCCUGGGAGCCUGUACAGCUGUGGGUCUGUGCAGCUGUGCGGGCUGUUGUCUUUCCGUGUGACAGAGGUGGACUGUCCUGUUCAAAAACGGCAUUCAUUGGUUUUGGAGCAGAACCGGAGCUUGGCUCCUCUGACAGCUGCUGAGCAGUCUGGUGUCAGCAGGCUGACUGCUGUACGUGUUGAAAUCUUACAGCACUGAAAAGGCACAACAGCAGACGAGAGCUGUGCUGGAGUUGCUGGCUGUUGCUGAAGAUGUCUGCAGUACAUUUCUACCUAAACCUCAGUCAGAACAGAGCUGUCCUUUCUGAAAUGCAACCAACACUUUGUUCUCCGAAGUAAUACCAACCUGAAUGUUCUUGUUGUCUUGAUGGUAAACUGCCCUUCAUUAAAAUAAUGCUGUUCCUUCUCAAGGAACUUCUUUCUUUUUUUGAAGAAGAAAAAGACUUUUUGUUAAUGAAGUGUUUGGAGGCAACUCAGUGGGAUCGCUGCAAAUGGAGACAUCUUUAGUAUUGCCUCAUUAGGAAACAAACCAUUAUCUUUAACUCGAAGCCUUGGCUCAGUAUACAGGUUGGAUGAAGCUGUACCUCUGUUAGGUUCCUGUUCCUUAUGUGGCAGUGCUGUGUGGAACUGCUGGGGUGAGAAAGUCUCUGUGUGUGGAAGUCGCUCUGUGAGGUCACGCAGGAUGGGUGCUGAGCAGAGUGGCCCGCGGGCCGAGGUGUGUGCAGCAGAGCAAGGCGGCUGUGCUGGGAGCUGUGUGCCCUGCGGGUGAGAUGUGUGCUGCACAGACAACAGCUGGGGAGGCUGCGUGUCUCAGGAUGGGGCGGAUAGCUGAUCCUUCCCUGUGUGUAGGAUAGAAGCUGGCAGUUGUUGGAAGAUGCCCAGUAGCGUUGUUGGAAUUGGACGUGUCACCGUGGUAUAUUACAGCAGCAUUUUAAUUAAGCAUGGAAAUCAUUUGGCAGUGCUGUAAAGUGUUGUUGGGUGCUUAACAAUCUGAGCUCCGCAGUUUCUGCACUCACUGUUAAAAUUGAAGGAGAUGCCACAUGCAUUCCUAGGGCAGUGCUGGGGCUCCUUUUGUGCGUAAGGUAAGCUGUGUUUCUGUCACACUGCAGAAGGAACGAUAGGUGAUUAUUUACAGCCCAGCUUUCCUCCUCCAUAAAAAAACAGUAAAUAUUGAAAGUAAAUAUUGAAGUUUAAAGUGGUAUUCUUGCAGCACAGAACAAUAUCGAGAUCAUGUUGGUAGUCAAAAGUCAUGCAGUGCAAAUGUCUUCUUCAUAACUUGCAAUUAUGAUGGCAGCUGCUUUCAUAGAUGCAACCACAGAUGGUAAGAUGGGAUUCUGUGGUAAGAUGGGGGAAAAGGCAUUUUGUUCUGGGGCGGCUGCAGGUACCACUGAGAGCUAGAACUUCAUUGACUGUUUUUCAGAAUUGGGAAGUUAUUUUUGUUCUAGUAUUUGGAGUUGUUUUGAGAUGCAGAACUUGCACGUUGAGAGUGGACAGAGCAGUGCCAGGUGUGGUGAGGACAGCUUUAGUGUGAAGGCAGUGGGAGCAGGGAAGGGCCGUGGGGCUGUCGCCUGCAGGGCUGUGCGGGGACAGGGAUGGGCUGCGCUGUGUCUGCGGGUGCAGCCCAGUUUGCAUUUCAGUGCUGCAUUUCAGUGCUGCGUUUUUUCAUUUCGCUCUUUGAAAUGCCGGUGUGCUGCUUUUCUAAAAGUGUAACAGCUGCAGCUAAACGAACGUUAUGCCAUUUUGGAUGGCUAAGAUAGGCUCUUCUUCAUUUCUUCAUACCAGAUAGAAUUUUGUUAGCAUAAUUUCACAUUACAAUCCUUGACAUGGAGGCAGUCCUGCUCACAUAAAUAUGUUGGUACACUUCUUAACGGUAUAAGGGAGCAUGAGCUAUGGAGGUGAGAAUAGACAGCAUUGGUCUGAUAAGGCAAUAUAAACAUCUGUAUGCAUUAGAAGCAAAAAAAAAAAAAAAAAAAAAAAAAAGAAUCCUAAUUAUGUUAAUGUAAUUUAAAUAUAUAUGUGUGUGUAUAUGUAUAUACAGGAGGUUUUUUGUGCGUAUGUGGAAGGUUUGUUUUGAUUGACGUGAUGUGUUUUGGGGAAAAAAUGCCCUUGCUUUGGUAGUCAGGUUGGCCUGCUCAUUUGAGGCUUUUUCAGGAUCUGGUACAAGAACCAGACUCAUGUUCUAGAUGUGAAUAGUUUCCGGGAGGGCAUGGCUCUUACUUACCUAGCCGAGGGCUGUGUGCCUGCAAAGAGAAAAUACAUAUUCUUCAGAACUGAUGUUGAAAGACAAAAUGGGUCUCAAAAUGAGCAUCUCAUUCUUACUGCAAAAUAACACAGGAGUGCUUUUGAAUGUGUUAUGACAGUUGAUGGCUUUAAAUAAGAGUGGAAUGAGUUCCAUGCUUUCUGUAGUGAAUCACUUUGUGCUUACUGCUCUUUAUAUCCUUGGGGUUGGGUUUUCUUGUUCGUUUGUUUUAAAGAUGGCAUUAAAGAUGGUUGACCAAAAACUGGUUCUUGUGGUUGGGUCCUACAGCGCUGUGAUUGUCUCUGUGAAUAAUCACACCUGCAGGCUCUUGGUUGACCAGAUCAGGUGGCAAAAUGUUUGAUUUAAAAUCCAUUUUUCAAGAAGCAUGUUAAUUUGCAAGAAACAGAAUUUGAGUAACUGCAAACAGCCUGUCCACCAAAGUGACUUUCAUUACCUCCCCUGUCCUGUCUGUGUAGGUUGGCAUGCUCUCUGGCCUGGCGUCAGCAGCUGCUGAUCCUUCCCUGCCUCCAGCUCCUUUUCCCUCCUUUACACCUCAGCCAUUCUUUCCUUCACCCCUUUUUUUCUCUCCUGUGUAUUGAUUGCUGAUGUGCCUCUGGAUCUCAUAGUUCUCUGCUUGUGGUGCAUCUGGGCCAAAGGAAUUGUUAGUGAUGCAGAUUCAUAGCAGCAACAGUAUGGGGGCAAAAAUCUCUUGAAAUCGAAGUAGGCAAAAUAUUUGUUUUAAAAUGCUUUUUCUUUUUUCUCCCUAAAAAAGUUCAUUGUGUUUCUGACCUUCUGUUUUGUUUUGUUUCCUCAUUGCUGCUGCUAUGAAUAUCGAAGGUUCCCGAGUCAGACGGAAGACAGCAGUAGCAGAGGUGGAUUAACGCUGGAAUGUAGUCAGGGACUGGAGCACUUGGGAGCUUUGCUUAGACAGAAAGGGAACGAGCAGGAUAUGACCCUUCUUCUAUGUCCGGGCUUCGGCCUCACACAGUAGGUGUAAUAUAAUCGCUGAGGUGGGCGCUCUGGAAGAAUUAUUUUUGAAGGCUUUUGCAUGAAACUUGUCCAAUGAGUCUGAGACGCCCAAGCACCAUUAAUUUUGGAGGAAAAAGAUGGAGUAUUGCAUGCUGGGAACAAGUGCUUUCCAUAAGGUACAGCAGCAGCUCAUGAUGCCCCGUAAAGCUUUUCUUUCCCAGAAAGAAAAGCAGGCUCGUGCCAGGGAAAGAGAUAUGUUAAAAAAGAGAAGGAGGCGACAAGACUAUCUCAAAAGAAGCGUGGACCCACAGAAAAAUGCAGAAACAAUAAAAUGGCACAGGGAUGAUGAGAAGAGGAGAGAAAAUGAGCAAGUUAAGGACAAAGAUAUCAAGAAGCGAUGGAGACAGGAUGAGAGAGAACGACGAAAGAAUGUGGACGCUAUGAAUUGGCGCAGGGAAGAUGAGAAGAGGGAAAAUGAGCGAGAAACUAUGUUCCAACUUCCUGUCAACAACCUUGGCAGUUUAAGAAAGGCCCGGAAAACUGUGAAAAAAAUACUUAGUGACAUUGGUUUGGAAUACUGUAAAGAACAUAUAGAAGAUUUUAAACAAUUUGAACCUAAUGACUUUUAUUUGAAAAACACUACAUGGGAAGAUGUAGGAUUGUGGGACCCAUCGCUUACGAAAAAUCAGGACUAUCGGACAAAGCCCUUUUGCUGCAGUGCGUGUCCAUUUUCCUCGAAGUUCUUUUCAGCAUACAAAAGCCACUUCCGGAAUGUCCAUAGCGAAGACUUUGAAAAUCGGAUUCUCCUUAAUUGUCCAUACUGUACUUUCAAUGCAGACAAAAAGACUUUGGAAACGCACAUUAAAAUAUUUCAUGCUCCAAAUGCCAAUACACCGAGUGGAGGCAUCAGCACUUUUAAAGAUAAAAACAAGCAUGAUAGCCUUAAACCUAAGCAGGCUGACAGUGUAGAACAAGCUGUUUAUUACUGUAAGAAGUGCACUUACCGAGAUCCGCUGUAUGAAAUUGUUAGAAAGCACAUUUACAGGGAACAUUUUCAGCACGUAGCUGCUCCUUACGUAGCAAAGGGAGGUGAAAAGUCACUCAAUGGUGCAGUUCCAUUAAGUUCCAGUACCCGGGAAGAGGGUAGUAUUCAUUGCAAACGAUGCCUUUUUAUGCCGAAAUCGUAUGAAGCUUUAGUACAGCACGUUAUUGAAGACCAUGAACGUAUAGGGUAUCAGGUAACAGCGAUGAUAGGUCACACUAAUGUAGUGGUUCCAAGGUCUAAACCUUUGAUGCUAAUAGCUCCAAAACCACAGGACAAAAAGCCUAUGGGACUCCCUCAGAGGAUGGGUCCCCUUUCCCCUGGGAGCGUUCGAUCUCUUUCGUCACAACAGAUGAUGAACAGACUCACUAUACCAAAGCCUACAUUAAAUUCUGCAGGAGUGAAUAUGAUGUCAAAUGUUCACUUACAGCAAAACAAUUAUGGAGUCAAAUCAGUACCACCAAGUUAUGUUGGCCAGCCAGGGGGAAGGCUGAGCUUAAGUGGCAAUGCACCAGUUUCUAUUCCACAGCAAUCUCAAACAAUGAAACAGUUUUCAAGUGGAAAUGGAAGGCCUUACACUCUCGGGGAGCAGAGAUCUCAGGCCUCAGCAAGAUACUCUCUUCAGUCUGCCAAUUCAACUUCCUUGUCAUCAGCUCAGUUGAAACAAACGUCGUUAUCUCAGUCACAGGCAGCUUCAAGAGUAUUAGGUCAGUCUGGCUCAAAAUCUCCUGUAGCUGCUACAGGUCCUUCUUCUGUCAAUACAUCAUCCACACAAAAGUGGAAAAUCUGUACAAUCUGUAAUGAGCUGUUUCCUGAAAAUGUGUAUAGUGUUCACUUUGAAAAGGAGCACAAGGCUGAAAAGGUGCCUGCAGUAGCUAAUUAUAUAAUGAAAAUACACAAUUUCACUAGCAAAUGUUUAUACUGUAAUCGCUAUUUACCCACUGAUACAUUGCUUAAUCAUAUGUUAAUACAUGGUUUGUCUUGUCCGUAUUGCCGUUCAACCUUCAAUGAUGUUGAAAAGAUGGCUGCUCAUAUGCGAAUGGUUCAUGUUGAUGAAGAAAUGGGACCUAAAACUGAUUCCACUUUAACUUUUGAUUUGACGCUGCAGCAGGGUAGUCUCACAAAUAUACAUCUUCUCGUAACAACCUACAACCUGAGGGAUGCUCCUGCUGAAUCUGUAGCUUAUCAUGCUCAGAACACACCUCCAGUUCCUCCAAAACCACAGCCGAAAAUCCAAGAGAAGUCUGAUGUACCUGUGAAAAGCUCUCCACAAGCAGCAGUUCCUUACAAGAAAGAUGUGGGGAAAACCCUCUGUCCUCUGUGCUUUUCAAUCCUAAAAGGACCCAUCUCUGAUGCACUUGCACAUCAUCUGCGGGAAAGGCAUCAGGUUAUUCAGACGGUUCAUCCGGUUGAGAAAAAACUAACCUACAAAUGCAUUCAUUGCCUUGGCGUGUAUACCAGUAACAUGACUGCCUCAACUAUAACGUUGCACCUUGUUCACUGCAGAGGUGUUGGGAAGACUCAGAAUGGCCAGGACAAAGGUACUUCGUCAUCCCGGCUAAGUCAGUCUGCAGGUGUAGCCCCUGUAAAACGUACGUACGAACACAUGGAAUUCUCUCUGAUGAAGAGAAGGAAAAUGGAUGAUGAUGACUCCCCCUCUGCCUUUGAGGAGAAGCCUGAAGAACCGGUAGUUCUAGCAUUGGACCCCAAGGGUCACGAAGAUGAUUCCUAUGAAGCCAGGAAAACAUUUCUCACAAAAUAUUUUAAUAAGCAACCAUAUCCAACUAGGAGAGAGAUUGAAAAGUUGGCUGCCAGUCUGUGGCUGUGGAAAUCUGAUAUUGCAUCUCACUUCAGCAACAAAAGGAAAAAAUGCGUUAGAGAUUGUGAAAAAUACAAACCUGGUGUGCUGCUUGGUUUCAAUAUGAAAGAAUUAAACAAAGUUAAACAUGAAAUGGAUUUUGAUGCUGAAUGGCUGUUUGAAAACCACGAUGAAAAGAAUUCCAGAGUUAACGUUAGUAAGACUGUUGAUAAAAAAAUAAACAUAGAAAAAGACAAUGAAAGUUCAUCAGACAGCUAUGAGAAUAUAGAAGAGGAAUACAAUGAAAGCAGUAGUCCAUUUGGUCCACAUAUUACUGACAUUGGUGAGAAAGCUUCUCCUGAUAGCAUCGCAGAGAACCCAGAGGAUGGCAUAUCCAAGGAAAUCAUUGAAGAAAAUACCUCACCAUCUCCAGAAAAGUCUGAUCAAAAACAAGAAGAAAGCUCUAAAUAUGAGGAGAUUAUUUCUGCCGAAGGGCAGACAAAACUGGUUGGUGAUGUUUCAGAUAGUGAAGGUUAUCAGGAUGAUCAAGAUGAUGCUGUUGAAUGGAAAGAUGGAGCUUCGCAGUCUGAAAGUGGGCCUGGUUCUCAGCAAGUUUCUGAUUUUGAAGAUAACACGUCAGAAGUAAAACCAGAAGUGUGGACAGAUGAAUCCUCACAAAGCGAAGAUGCUGGCAGCAGUAAACCGACUGUAGAGACAAAAGGAGGUGGGUCUGAGAGUGAUGAAGAGCAGUCAAAGUGGAAGAAUCGUUCCUAUGGAAAAGUAGAAGAGUUCUGGGCCAAGGACCAGUCGCAAUGGAAAAAUACAUCAGAGAUUGAGGAGAGCUUGUCAAAUCAGCAGAUGGAAUGGCAGAACAGCACAAUUGACAGCGAGGAUGGAGAUCACUUUGACGGAGUGACUGAUGGGGUAGCAGAACCAAUGCACAGCAGCUUAUCUGGUGUGGAGCUGAGCAGUCAGCAAGCAUAAGCUCCUCGACACAGAAGUGUCAGAGACACGAUCCAAUCUACAACUGUCUAAACACGUUCAUUUCAGUAUGACUGCUAAGCUUAAAUUCUGACUGGUACUGCCUUCCAAGUGCUAGGUCACGGUGCGUGGUGUUCAUGGCCACUGUUACUCCAGUGGUUGAGGAUGCCGUUGGCUGAUCUUGCUUGUGAGUACUUGCUGGGAUGAGCACAGUAAUUUAAUGUGAAAACAGAUAAGCUGGUGGCUCAAGAAUGCACACAGAGAAAAGCAGAGGUUUAUUUUAUCUGCGUUUUCACCAUUUAUUUCACUCUUGUACAUGUUCAGUUGUAUGUCUUUUUAAACAUUACCCUUUUUCACAUGGUAGUGUGUAGGGCCAACAUACAAGCUACCAGUUCAACGUGUAUAGUAGACUAUGGGGAAAUUGAUUUUUUUCAUGUAUCAUUCUGAAUAGUUGAAAUGUAUAUUUGUACAGUCUUUUAGACCUAUUCAAGUGAAGCUUAUGAAAUUGUUCUUGUGUACCCAUCAUAGAUUUGUUUCUCUUUUUUAGUGUUGCCCUGCUGUGUAAUAAAUGCUGUAUUUAGUUUACCUAGCAAAAGCUUGAAACUGCUAUAGUACGAAUUUUGACAAACUUAGUUUUUGCACAUAACCUUGUACAAUCUCAAAAACAGAGGCCAGCACCAUAAAAAAAAAUAUAUCUGGACUCUUAUUGUAUUAUAGAAUUUUCUUGUUCUGAGUAUCCUUGACAUUACAACUGAUGACAAACGUAUUUCAGAGCCAUUUUCUGAAAUCUUUUAAGCUAAAGAUGAAAAAUCACAUGCAAGAAACAAGUUUGCAGCUACUAAUUUUGACACCUUUUAGAUCUGUAUAAAAGUGUAUUGUGUUGAAGCAGCACACUUAAAACAACAGUGCUGUGUUUUGGAUAUUUAGUUUUAUCUUUAGUUAACACCAACAAGGUGUUGUAUUCAUUUAUACCAUCUAAUAUAUGACACACUGUUGUAGUAUGUAUAAUUUUGUGAUCUUUAUUUCCCUUUGUAUUCUUCAUUUAAACAUCUAAAUAAAUUGCUGUAUUGUGCUUACUGUAAAUAUCUGCUUUAUUACAUGCAAGUGCCACGUUCCUGCUUGGGCAAUCCCGCCUUGCUAAAUUUUGUGGGGUUUUUUUGUUUGGCAUUUUUUGUUCGUUUCCUAACAGUUCCUAAAAAAUGCUGCACAGCAUUGCUGGGGCAUGUAUGUACAGUAUUUUCUUACUGAAUGGACUAAUCUCUUCAAGGACAUGGAGAAAUCUUACUAAACUAACUUUGUCUGAAUUUGUCUUGACUAUUCAGCCUUCUAGAAUGGUAGUUUAUAAAUAAAGUUGUAGUGAUUACA